AUGGCGCGUGCUUCGAAUCUCCUCGUCUCGGCCGUGCUCUUCGCCGGGGCCUUCACUGUGUCCCGCUGGGCGUUCGUCGCGCCCAAUGUGAACUCCCAAGGGUUGCGACAGAGCUCUACGGCCUUGGCAGCCCGUGGUGGUGGGGAGUAUGACAUCAGCGAUGCGGACAUCCAGAACUUCUACAACUCCCUGACUGGCGCUGGUGGUGACCCUCCCAAGGGCACCGUGCUCUCGGAGUUGGUGGUGAAGUUCUUCCACGGUGACUUCACACCGCAGGGCUUCAAGCGCUACAGCGGCCUCUGGAGCGGGGACAUCGCGGUGGGCGUGGCGAAGCUCAAGGAGCAGAUGAGCAACCCCAUGUUCGUGACCAAGGGCGGCGUUGGCUACGGCGUGGAUGAGACUCAGAAGGUGGAGGACGACGGCAAGGGCUGGGUGUGGCUGGCGGCCGAGAUGAGCCCAGGUGGCCUGGCCGUGGAGCUGUUCAAGUCGGUGAAGCGCGCGAUCCUGGUGGCAAAGCAAUCCAACGUGGAUGAGCUCUUCCAGAAGGUUGGCCAUCACGAGAAGGGGGCCAAAUGGGUAGCUCAACAACUAGCUAGCCUAGCUGUGCUUCCAGGGUUGCUGCGGAUGUGCUUGCGUGAGAGCGCGCGCGCGCGACACAUCGCGGCGGAUCGACAGGUGAAUUGGGAUACGGCCUUGGGCAACAUCGAGAAGACCUUCGGAGGACCCCAGAUCAAGCAGCGCUGA